GGAGAGUCGCCAGAGACGUUAGCGCCAUUGGCAUACUCUAGUUCCACCUCAACGCGGUGGAACAUUUUGUGACGGUGAAGCUGAGGCCUCAGUCGCAUUCAUUGGCAUACAACACCGCGCAUUCCCAAUUCGCAGCACGCGAGCUUCAAGCCAUCCAUCCGCGAGAUGCCUACAUCCCGGGCGCAUGCAUCCAGGCUGGCGCAGUCGCGCCACGCCGAUAUCUUCAUAUGGUGGCCUUCGACCCCUCUGUCCGAACUGAUAGCCUGCUUCAAUUCGAGCGUUGUCGGUCCCGUCACAGCGGGCACUCUUCUCCGUUGGGUCAAUAUGCUCGCCGGUCUUGGUGGCGCGAGCGUCAUGCAAGUGGGCCGCGUGUCGUUGCGCCGGAUGGCCCCGUUCCAGUACUACCCCGACCCGUUGGAGGCUGUCUCGUCCUCUGAGGCUCUGGAGACUGGAGAUUAUGGCUGUUUCUACUUGGAUCGAGGGUCGUUCAUCGUCCGGCGGCUUCCCUUUAAUGGCUCUUACCACGUCGUGUCAUUGGAGACGAGGAAGAUCGCGUUCGAGGCCACGCGAACGCCUGGUGGCCUCGAGAGCUUAGCGCGGUACGACAUACCGGCUCCUUUUCGCGACGAGGUCUCCAAGCGUGAUGGCGUCAAGUGUAUAUUCACAAGAUAUACGGCUAUGGAUAACGACCCUGUGGACGUGCAUUGGAUAUACCCUCCAGGGAUGGCACGCUACAUCACAACGCUCAGCGCGGAAAGGCCGUUCUUCCCGCGAACCGAAGGUUUCCAAAAUCCUGACAACCUCAUGAGCGUGCGGGAUGACAUCUAUAAAUUGUGGCACGUGAAUGCAUUCAGCGUCGACGUUGAUGACGGGAAUCGAAUUCGCAUCUUCGACGAAACAGCGAAGCACGCCGGCCUACCUGCUCAUCUUGAAGUAAAUCCGAAAGGUUCUGCCUCACACAACUUCUUCCGCGAGCAUUUCCGCCACACGUUAUGUGUUCACUUCAUUGGCGGCGACAUUCAGACCGACUACGACCCUCAAACGGUCAAUUCAUAUCUUGUGGAGAACGGUCUUGACGAGGAGGGUACUCUCGAUGACUUUGAUCCCUCCGAUGAGAUAUUCCAAACGAUCAUUGGGAGAGAAGUCCUGGAGUGCGUGAUUGCGGAAAAGCUGAGGCGACGAUGUGAGGAUACGGACGAUACGGACGAUGGAUACUACUUUGAGUAGUAUUAAAGCGUUGGAUAUCUGUAAUAGUACACUUUUCUGUAUCAGGAACAUCCAGCCCGAUAGACAGACAUGUUCUAGAAACCGACAGUCCCAAGGAUACACCGUAGUUGAGUUCAGGCUCCAGAAUAGACAUGAAUCAAGAUAUAUGGAUCAGUGUGUCGAGGCCGUUCAAACCACUCGUAAGAACACACAGGCGAUGUAGAGGGGAACGCACUCGAGGUGCUGCAGACCCUCUGAGGAACAAGGCCGAAGCAUCCGGUAUUUGAUCGUCUUCGCAUGAUACAGGUAGGUGAGGUAGCGACGAGCUCCGAAAAAUGUUACUUGUGAUCGCUAUCACAACAAUUGAGUAUAUGCACGACGUGUGAGAUGCAUG